AUGCGCUCCCUCCUCCUUCUGCUGAGUCCGCUCGCUUGUCUCUGUUAUUGGGCCACGGGACAACGCGUGUGCACUGAGGUGGACUUCUACUACUCGUACACUGAAUGUGACAGUAAAGGCGUACGCUGGAGAGUGGCCAUCCCCAAGAGUCCAGACUCUUGCAAGGGCUUGCCCAGUCCUGUCCCAGGGACCGAGUGCAACGACUCCAGGGUGCAGCAGUCGGACGACAUGGAGAAAAUAUUCACCUUCUCGUGCCAGGCGGGGCAGUUCCUGGAGAUGUCUGCUCAGGAGUGUACCCCCUGUGCUGCUGGGAGCUACUCUCUGGGCAGUGGAGUGCGCUUCGAGCAGUGGGAUAGUCUGCCUGAGGGCUUCAGCAGCGUGGCCUCCUCCACUGGGGACGGGAGUCAGGCCAGCAUGGAGGCCCUCAGCUGUAACAGCUCGGCCUGGGUGCCUAAAGGCUCCUAUCUGGAGUCCAACCGGGACGAGUGCACCGUGAGCCUGAUCUACGCCGUGCACCUGAAGAAGCAGGGCUCCGUCAGCUUCCAGUACCAGUACCCUGACCGCAACCUACUCUUCGAGUUCUUUAUUCAGAACGACCAGUGUCAGGAGAUGGACCAGGCGGCUGACACCAAGUACCUGACGCUCAGCAGCCAUGGGGAGUGGGCCUCUCACACGGUGAACCUGAAGUCUGGCACUAACAUCCUGUACUGGAGGACCGGAGGAGUGGUCAUGGGCAGUAAGGUGGUCAAACCAGUGCUGCUCAAGAACAUCCACAUAGAAGGAGUGGCCUACACCUCCCAGUGCUUCCUGUGUCGAGCCGGCACUUUCAGCCGGGCUCCGGGCUCGUCUGCGUGUGAGGCCUGCCCUCAGGACACUUUCUCUGGGCGCGGGGCGAGCUCCUGCACCCCCUGCAACAGAUCUACACACUACGCAGUGGAGGGCUCCUCCAAGUGCAAAAUGAAACUUCCCUGCUCUAAAAAGGACUACAUCCAGCUGCACACAGCCUGUGACCACGAGGGAAAGACGCAGGUUGUGUAUGAGUGGAUGAAGCCCCAGAUAUGUCUGGAGGACGUCCCGGGAGCGGUGAGUCUGCCCCCUGGUGGUGAGCGUGAGCCCUGCCCUCCCUGCAACCCUGGCUUCUACAACAACGACACAGCCACCUGCUCCCCCUGCCCGCCUGGGACCUACUCGGACGGGACCAACCCCUGUCAGAAGUGUCCUGCAGGCACAGAGCCCAUCCUGGGGUACGAGUUCAAGUGGUGGAACGUUCUGCCGUCCAACAUGAAGACGUCCUGUUUCAAUGUGGGCAACUCUAAAUGUGAACUCAUGAACGGCUGGGAGGCGGCCGGAGAGUACGUCCAGACCGGAGCGGGUUCUUCUGACAACGACUAUCAGCUCCUCAACAUCCGCAUUCCAGGCUUCAAACUGCCCACGUCCCUGUCCGGUCAGGCGCCCUCAGAAUACGGACGCAUCACCUUUGAGUUUGAGACUUUGUGCAGCGCGGACUGUGAGCUCUACUUCAUGGUGGACAUAAAUCGCAAGAGCACAUCAGUGUUGGAGUCCUGGUCCAAAAGCCAGGUCCGACGCACCUACUCUCAUGUGAUGACCCAUAAUGCAUCAGUGUCCUACACCUGGGCCUUCCAGAGGACCAACCAGCCCUCAGAGGGGAGUGCCAAUGAAAUUACCAUGCUGCAUGCUGCUGGUGGUGUGAAAGAGUGGGCCAUUCGUUAUCAAUACAGGGCAGAUCUGCGGAAAGAAUGA